UAGUUCCUGCUUUUGGGAGAGAUGGAAAGAUAAGUGACUUCAUCCUCAGUUCCUGGUAAGAUCCGUCAUCAACUGUGUAUAAGAGCUGGUGUUUCUCUGGUUCAGAACGACUGAAGCUACAGACGCUGAGAAGGAAGAAGAGAAGAUCGUUCUGCAGCAGGUAAUCAUCAUCUUCAACAUCUGCAUCAUCUCCACCAUGAAGACGCUGACUCUGUCUGCACUUCUUUGUGCCAUGAUGGCUCUGACCAGAGCUGCUGUUCUUCCAGACGCAGAGGCUGGAAACUGGACCGACUCGUUCACUCCAACAGAAGAGAAUCAUGUUGUCAAGAGGUCCACAUCAUGUCCAAAAGAUUGGACUCCUUUUGACGGUCGAUGUUAUCUCUUCGUUCAACAACCCAUGAUUUGGGCUACGGCUGAGAAAAACUGUCACUCUUUGGGUGGAAACCUCGCAUCUGUUCAAAACUCCAAGGAGUCCGGUGUGAUUCAGGCGGUGAUGACAUUGAGCAACACUCAAAAUCAAAUAGUAGCUUGGCUUGGAGGGUCUGAUGCACAACAGGAGGGACAUUGGUUCUGGAGUGACGGAACGCCUUUCCACUUUACUCAGUGGUGUGGUGGACAGCCUGAUAACGCUGGUGGUCGUCAGAACUGUAUUGGUUUUAAUUUUAGAGACUCGAAAUGCUGGGAUGACCAGAAUUGUGAUUGGCAGUUCCCAUCUAUCUGUGUCAGAGAGGAAUGAUAAAAGCAUGUGUUUGUGUAUCUGCGAGGAAAUUCGUCUCUCUCCAGCCACCAGUCUCAUAUUUGACCUGAAUUCUCUUUAUCUCGAUUUACAUCUUUAUUUCUUCUCUAUCGCUGUAACGCUACUUAAGGAACGAAGCGACAAGUGACAUAAACAGCAGCUGGAUUGUCUCUGUCUCUUUAAUACGAGCAGACUGAAUGUGUAAUGAAAAGAAAGCUUUUAGCACAAAUUUAUUCUGCAGAGUGAACUGUUCUUUCUUCUCUUAUGCAAAAUUAAAAGCCUCAAGCAUUGAAACAAG